AUGGCAUCCAAAAUCUCCGAUAUAGACACCACAACAGCCGAUCACCUCGAAUCGACCGAGAAGAAAGACCCCUAUGCAGCAGACCCAGGCAUUGAGAUCGACGAGGCAACAGAUAAACGACUGUUUUGGAUGAUCACUCGUCGUAUUUUGGUCAUUCAGAUUGUUACCUAUUUCUUCCAGUCACUUGACAAGGGCAUUUUGAAUUAUGCCUCUAUUAUGGGUAUUAAGGACGAUGCACAUCUGGUCGGACAAGAGUAUUCCCUACUAGGCACGAUUCUGUAUAUCGGCAUUCUUGUGGGCGAAUAUCCCCAGAAUCUACUGUUGCAGAAGUUUCCAGUUGCCAAGAUGCUGUCUGUUAAUGUAUUUAUUUGGGGUGCGAUCGUGGCAUGCUCGGCUGCAUCUACACGUUUUGGAUCGUUGAUGGCGGUCCGGUUUCUGUUGGGGUUCUUCGAGAGCUGUAUCCAGCCUGCGAUGAUGCUCAUAACAGCCAUGUGGUAUAAGCGAGAAGAGCAGUCUGUGUUGAACUCAAUCUGGUACUGCAUGACUGGAGUGCAAUUGAUGAUCGGUGGUCUACUGGCCUUCGGAACCUCCCAGUACGUAGGGGGAGUGAUAAAGAACUGGCAAUUGCUCUUCCUCGCUCUUGGAUGUGCUACAUGCGUGUGGUCGUUCUUUAUUGGGUUCUUCCUACCGGACAGCCCUCUGUCGGCAAAGUGCUACAGCGAAGAAGACAAGAAACUGAUGGUAGAGCGGGUACGACACAAUGAGACCGGAAUCGAGAACCGACAAUUCAAGAGAUAUCAAGUUAUCGAAACGAUCCAGGACCCUAUCGUCUGGUGCUGCGUGAUGCUUAUUCUCGUGGCCAACUUGGUCAUCGGUGGCCUAGGCGUCUUCUCUAAUUUGAUCAUCGAGCAGUUCGGCUUCUCUCUACUCCAGACCGAGCUAUUGAAUAUUGCCCAAGGCUCAUGGACAAUCAUCGUGAUGGUCGGGUCUGCAUGGUGCUCACAGCGCUUCCAACAGACGUGUUUAACCAUGAUUCUAUGGACCAUCCCAGCGAUCGUCGGUACCAUCGUCAUCCUCGUCGUAACACCCACAGCAUCCAACGCCGGCGGCAUGCUCAUCGCCUUCUACUGCACGCAGUUCUUCCUCGCCGAGGGCAACAUGAUCAUAUCCCUGAUCACCCGCAACACAGCCGGUCAGACUAAGAAAAGUCUCACCAUGACAUUCCUUUUUGUUGGUUGGGCGGUGGGAAAUCUCAUCGCGCCACAGAUCUUUCAGAGUUCUGACGCUCCGCGAUACUUGCACGGCUUUCUGGCGCAUAUUGUGAUUUAUGCUGUGUUUAUUGCCCUGACAGUCCUGACAAGGGUGAUCUUGAUGAGAAGGAAUAAGGCGAAGGUGAGUGAAAGCAGUGAUGUCUCGCAUGAGUUGGCGUUUCAGGAUUUGACGGAUAGGGAGAAUCCGAAUUUUCGGUACGUUUAUUAA